AACAUGUUAAUACUGAAACUGAUAAAUUAAAAUAGGGUUCUCUUUCAAUAUAUGAAUGAAAUUAUUGUGAGACAGGGCUCAGAAUUAAUGAUCCAGGACAAAUGCAACUGAAUUACCAUCUCAAUAAUGAGCCGUAUUAGCAGCAGCCGGCCAAUUCUUUGUGGCAUAAGCCAAACCUCCUGAUCACUUGUAUGAUGUUCUGUCCCCGCGAAUCGAAGCCUCUCAUUUGUGGGUAUUUUAGUCAGCUUCAUAAUCAUUUCCUUUUCGUCAUUUUCUAACUAAUUGUUCUCAUUUUUACGUGCAGAAACUAGAAGACAGACACUUCAUGUAUUGAAACCCCACAUGAGAUUUACGUUGCUUAUCGGUUCAACGUCUCAUUCAGUCACCUGAUCGUCUUGUUUUUGUUCGCGUGAUCAUCUCCUUUUCAUCUCCACUUUUUACUUGAACAGAGAUAGAGAUUUCACGUUGAGGAUAACGAUUGGCGAUCUGGUGUCUUCCCCUUCUUUGUUAAGUCGACGUUUUGUGGAUGAUCUUUCUGCAUAAUUUCUACUUAGGGUCUAGUGGAAGAAACAAAAGACAUAAAAGAACUUCUUACAUUAGAAUUGAGAAGCCACGCUUACAAAACAGAAAAUGUGUACUUAUGCUAGCAAUUAAUCAACUAAAAUAUGGCUUCUGAUAUCGGGGAAGGGUUUCUGUCGGCUGUUCAAUGAAACGGAUAGCUAUGAAUGUUGAAUGCCAAUUAUAUUUUGGGUUUCAUUGCUUGAACCGACAAGUCUGGAGAUGAGCAUCACAGGCAUUAAUGAGAGACCCACCUUUCAUUCACAUGUUCCUAAUUUGGACUUACUACCCAUCUCAUGUCCACCAUCCCUAAUCCUUUUCUUAAAUGCAUUCACUACUCUCUUGCCUAUUCAACUAACCCCCUCUUCCCCUUCCUCUAUUGAAGACCUUUCACCAUAACGAGCAUGAGAUCUGAUGAUGCAUUUAAGGAGCCUACCUUCUGAGCUGAUUUCACACUUGGAAAACUUUUUUCUGCUGCAAACUAUAUGGUCAUUCCUACCUCUUCCAUUGUGUUAACUGAAUACCAAACUAGCAGCACAACAAACACCUCUUGUUUCAUUAUCUUUCAACUUUUCUCAUUAUAAAAUGACCACACUCCCAUGUCUAGUUUUCCUUCUGCUAGUGUUCUUGUUUCCUUCUUUCCUGACAAAUACAGGCCAUUUGGUUUCUGCAAAAGGGGGCAAUUAUGUCAGAGACGCAUGCUCGGUGACUAUGUACCCAGACCUGUGCAUCCACUCUUUAGCAUCAUUUUCCAACACGGCCAGAGGGAGCCCGAGCAAGUGGGCCCGAGCAGGAGUGUCGGUGACAAUAACCGAGGUUAAGAAUGUUCAGGCACAUCUUGCCAAGUUGAAGAGAUACCGUCGUCUGAGAGGAAGAAGCAGAGCCGCUCUUUCGGAUUGCAUCGAGACCUUCGCAGAUGCGCUUGAUGAGCUUCACAGAUCCCUUGGUGUGCUCAGAAGGCUAAGCAGAAGCACGUUUAGUGACCAGAUGGAUGAUCUCAAUACAUGGAUAAGUGCAGCUCUCACUGACGAAGAUACUUGCCUUGAUGGGUUCGAAGGCCAAAAGGAGGGGCAAAUUAAAUUGCUGCAGAAUCAGGUUCUGAAUGUCUCUUAUAUAACCAGUAACGCUCUCGCACUUGUCAACAAACUCGCCACCACAGGCCUGGGCAGCAUCGCCGAUCCAUGAUAUAGCAAGUGUAGUGAACUGUUAGUUUGAUUUUUUUAUACUUUUGCUUUUUAAAUCGUCUAGGAAAUGACGCUGUCCCCUGAGAAGAAAUAAAGAAGGCCGAGGCCUACAUCACCAGAUGCCUCUGCAUAGUCUGUUUGGCAGUUACCACUCUAGAACCGUGGACACCGCUUCCUAUCGGGUGGUGUUGUAUAAUCCUGAGAACCUGUCUUCCAACGUUGUUUGUCUUAUGGGCUUUUUUACCGAUCAUAUCUAAUUGACCAUGGAAAUUGAGAGCCGUUGGUUUAUUAA